AUGGUUCAUUCCCACCUCACUUCCUUUCUUCUCAUACUAGUUUCAAUCACUUUGGCAUCAAUCGAUGAUCGGAUAAUAUGUGUUGAGGCACGUAAUCUUUCGGCGAUGCCUGAGGUUCCAAAGCCUAAACUUCCUGAGCUUCCAAAGCCCACACUUCCUGAUAUUCCAAAGCCCACAGUUCCUGAGAUUCCAAAGCCCACUGUCCCUGAAAUCCCAAAACCAACAAUUUCGAAGAUUCUAAAGCACAUAGUCCCUAAGAUCCCUAAACCCGCAGUUCCUGAGAUUCUGAAGCCCAUGGUCCCUGAGAUUCCGAAGCCCGCAUUUCCUGAAAUUGCCAAACCCACACAUCCUGAGAUUCCAAAAUCCACACUUCCUGAGAUUCCCAAACCCACAUUUCAUGAGAUUCCAAAGCCUACAGUCCCUGAGAUCCCAAAACCAUAG